AUGGCCUACGAGCUGUUCUUAAAUAAGUACCCUCGAUGGCGAGACAAUGUGGUACUAGUACAGAUCACAGCUUCAGUCUCCGACAUACCAGAGCUCGAAGCGCAAGUCUCGAAGAUCGCGAUGAGAAUCAAUUCGGUAUAUUCAACCCUCACUCAUCAACCUCUGGUCUUGCUCCAGCAAGACAUCAGCUACGCCCAAUUUCUGGCUUUACUGAGUGUUGCCGAAAUUUUCAUGGCUACUAACCUCCGUGAAGGUAUGAACUUGACAAGCCAUGACUUCAUCCAUUGUCAAGACGGCGAACUAUCCUCACAGAGAUACGGCUCCCUUAUCCUCAGCGAGUUCACCGGUAGUGCAGCUAUAUUCCAAGGUCACGAACUCAUCGUCAAUCCAUGGGAUUAUAAGCAAUGCGCUGAUGCCAUCAAAAAAGCCCUCGAAAUGACACCAGAGCAAAAGAAGCGCAACUGGAAGUAUCUUGAAGAACGGAAAACUCCAUAUACAGCCUUGGCCUGGUACUCGUCCCUACAAACUGCACUUGUCGAAGCCCACGGCAUGCAACAGUCACGCUUUGCUCAUGCCAUCCACCCACUCAACAUCACAGACCUCCAAAAUUCCUACAAUGCCUCCCAAUCCCGUCUCCUCUUCAUAGAAGAUGGCGCAGCUUUUGUCACAUCGACACAUCCAGAUCUUACUUACACCUCGAAGGAAGUGAUCACCGUUCUUGAGUCUUUGGUCAGUGACCCUAAGAACACGGUCUACUUGACCAGUAACCGCAGCCCGGAACAACUAGACGCCACUUCAAGCCGCCUACCAAAGGCUCUCGGAAUCAUCGCGGAAAAUGGCUGCUUCGUCAAGUUACCAGUUAUUGCAUACUUCGCCGAGCGCACAGAAGGAAGCAUCAUUGAAGAACGCCGCUGCACGCUAACAUUUCACUUCGCCGACGCAGAUGACAAAGAGACAGCCGCAAGAAAUGCUUCGGAACUCGCAGACCAAAUCAACGGCGCGCGAGGCUGUGAAGCGAUCCGUGUUGUCCGCGAUGUUGGAGCCGUCAGUGUCGAACCACUUUACGCAUCCAAAGCCACGGCCGCAUCUUGGAUCCUGAAUCACUCUCCGGAUUAUAAGGAAAUGGAGUUCUUCGAGUUUGUCUUCGUGGCUGGUGGUGCCAGGGCCGAUGAGGCGUUGUUCCGUUGGGCUAAUCGCUUGGUGUUGAAGCGGGAUGCUGCAGAGGUGGCGGUUACUACUUUGACUGCGGGGACGCAUGCUACUGAGGCGAAAGUUAGGUUGUCGGAUGCGUAUUCUUUAUCGGAUGUACUUCGGUCUCUUGCCUCUACAUAG